AUGCUGCAAAGGCGGCUUGCCUCAUUUCUUCUGGUAGCUUACAUUGUAAUAUGUGUAAUAUCUAUUUUAACACUAGCCAAUCGUCAUCAAACUACUCGUAAUAAGCAUCAUGCUACAGAUCAAGAAAUUCAUAUAAGUGUUUAUCCUACUGAAAUAGUUUCACGUGAUGGAAAAGAAGCUUCAUUUGAAUGUCGUGCCCGAACUUUUGAUAAUGCAUAUUAUCCAGAAGUUAAAUGGACUCGUGUUGGAGGUCCACUUCCAUCAUCUGCUUGGGAAAGUAGUGGAAGAUUAACAAUUAAUCCACUUUCUGUUGAAGAUUCUGGAAGAUAUGUUUGUGUUGCAACACAUGAAGGAAAAAGAGUAGAAGCAUAUGUUAAUCUUCAUGUUCAACAUUAUGGACCACAAGCAUUACAAACAGAAUAUAAUACACCAUAUCCACAAAGAGGAACAUGUAUGAGUAAUGAAAUUAAAUGUGGAAAUAAUGAUUGUGUUAAAAAUGAUUAUGUAUGUGAUGGUGAACCAGAUUGUGGUGAUCGUGCUGAUGAAGCUAAUUGCCCAGCUACUAAAGUAUGUGAACCAAAUGAAUUUAAAUGUGGUAAUGAUAGAUGUGUCCAAAAAAUGUGGUUAUGUGAUGGUGAUGAUGAUUGUGGUGAUGGAACAGAUGAAUUAAAUUGUAAAAAGAAAAAUCCAGGAGAACUUUGUGAACCAACAGAAUUCAAAUGUGCUGAUAAUCGUCAAUGUGUUCCACAAAGUUUCCAAUGUGAUGGUACAAAUGAUUGUCAAGAUGGAUCUGAUGAAGUUGGUUGUGUACAACCAACAGUUGUUCAACCACCAGAAACAAAUAAACAAGUACCACAAGGUAGUACAUUCUCAUUAAGUUGUCGUGCUGUUGCUGUUCCAGAACCAUAUAUUAAUUGGCGUUUAAAUUGGGGUCCAGUAUGUGAACCACCAAGAUGUUUACAACAUUCUGAAGGAGGUGUAGGAACAUUAACAAUUCAUAAUGCUCAACCAUUAGAUCAAGGUGCAUAUACUUGUGAAGCUAUUAAUGUUAAAGGACGUGUUCUUGCAACACCAGAUUGUAUUGUUCGUAUUGUUAAUAUUCCAGCUCCACAACCACCACCAUCACUUCCAAGACAUCAAUGUGAUCCAAUUGGAUCAGCUACAACAUUUGCUGAUCCACAUACUGGUGUAUGUCAAUGCAAACCACUUGUUACUGGACCAUCAUGUAAUCAAUGUAAACCAGGAUCAUAUCAUUUGACUGAAAAAUCAUCUCAUGGUUGUCUUAAAUGUUUCUGUUUUGGUAUAACUGAUCAAUGUACUUCUUCACGUUUGUAUAGAACAAAGAAUUAUUCUGAAUGUGAAAAACUUUUAUUUGAUAGUGAUUCUGAAGGAGUUACUUUAACUGAUAAAAGUGGUAUUCAAACAUUUAAUGAACACAAUUUUGAUUUUGGAAAACAAGGAUAUCUUACACAUUAUGAAAAUGACCAAGGUCAUGAAAUUAAAUAUUGGAAAUUACCACAAAGAUUUUUAGGUGAUAAAGUUACUGCUUAUGGUGGAACAUUUAAAAGUCAUGUUCAAUAUACAGGACAUGGUCAUCCAAUAAAUGAACCAAUUCUUAUAUUAAAAGGAAAUAGAAUAACACUUGUACAUAAAUUAAAACCUGGUGUACAUAUUCUUCCUAAUGAACCAAAUGUUGUUGAAGUUGAAACAUAUGAAAACAAUUAUGAACAUGAAACUGGUCAACCAGCUUCUCGUGAAGAUCUUAUGAUGGUAUUAGCUGAUUUAGAUCAUGUUCUUAUUAGAGCAACUCAUGCUUAUGGUCAAGAUUCAACUAGUUUAGGUGAUGUUAAUUGGGAUAUUGCUGUUGAUAGAGAUACUCAAGGUGAAUUUGCUUUAGAAGUUGAACAAUGUAGAUGUCCACCAGGAUAUAUUGGUACAUCAUGUGAAGACUGUGCUCCAGGAUAUGAACGUUCUCAUCAAGGUCCAUAUCUUGGUACAUGUGUUCCAGCACAACCAAGACCACCAGUUUGUUCUUCUGGUGCAGUUUCACAACAUUCACAACAUACUGGAUAUUGUCAAUGUAAACCACAAACAACUGGACAAAGAUGUGAUCAAUGUUCUGCCAAUAGUUUCUAUUUAUCACCAGCAAAUCCACAAGGAUGUAUUCCAUGUUUCUGUUCUGGUGUUACAAAUCAAUGUUCAAGUAGUUCACUUAGACGUAAUACUGUAAAAAUUGAAUAUUUACAUGGUGAUAUGGAUGAUCUUCAAAUAACAUCACGUGAUUCUGUAACUCCACUUGUUCCUGGAUCAGCUGCUUUAAUUGAAAAUGGUGCUAUUACUUUCUCAAACUUUUAUGAAGCUCGUGGUCAAACAUUAUAUUGGAAACUUCCACAAAAAUUCCUUGGUGAUAAAGUAACAUCAUAUGGUGGAUCAUUAAGAUAUGCAUUUAAAUUUAAUUGUAGAGGUAGUCCAAAUACAGAUCCAGAUGUAAUUAUUAAAGGAAAUGGUAUUACACUUCAUCAUUACUCCAGACAACAAUUUCAUCCAAAUAGAGAAAAUAUUAUUGAUGUUAAAAUCUUUGAAGAUCGUUGGUCAAGAGUUGAUGAUCAAGUUGCUACAAGAGAACAUUUAUUAAUGGCUUUAGCUGAAUUAGAUGAAAUUCUUAUUAAAAUGACAUAUCUUACUGAAUGUACUGAUUCAUCAUUAAUAUCUGUUUCACUUGAUACUGCUGAUAAUUAUGGACCUGGUUUAACAGCUUUAGAAGUUGAACAAUGUGUUUGUCCACCAGGUUAUAUUGGUACAUCAUGUGAAAAAUGUGCUCCUGGUUAUACUAGAUCAGGUGGUGGUCUUUAUUUAGGAAUUUGUGAAAGAUGUGAAUGUAAUGGACAUGCUACUGAAUGUGAUAAAGAACAUGGAAUUUGUCUUAAUUGUCAACAUAACACUGAAGGUGAUAAUUGUGAAAGAUGUAAACCAGGAUUUGUUGGUGAUGCAAGAAGAGGAACUCCAUUAGAUUGUCAACCAGAACAACAAAAACCACCAUGUGAAUGUCAUAAUCAUUCACCAAGAGGAUGUGAUUCAUAUGGUAGAUGUUUAUUCUGUGAACAUAAUACUGAAGGUUUCCAUUGUGAAACAUGUAAAAAAGGAUUUUAUGGAAAUGCAACAAAUGGUACUCCAUAUGAUUGUAAUUUAUGUCCAUGUCCAGGAGCAUCUGAUUGUUAUGUUGGUCCUAAUGGUCAAGUACAAUGUAGAAAUUGUCCUGCAGGUUAUUAUGGUCCACUUUGUAAUGAAUGCGCCCCAGGAUAUACAAGAAGUCAAAAGAGUGGUGGCCGUGAUUGUGAACCAAUUGGAAGAAUUCAUGAAGAUCGUAUUGAAUUUGUUCCAUCUCAUGAAGGUUUACGUGUUGAAAUUGAAGAACCAAAAUUUUUACAACUUACCCAAGGCCAACGUGUUAAAUGGAAUUGUCGUGUAAUAGAACCAGCUCCAAAAAAUGUAAUUGUUACAUGGUCAAAAGUAGGAUCAAUGCAUUUACCAUAUAGUGUUCAACAAAUUGGAAAUAAACUUAUUAUUGAAAAUGUUUCACCAGAAGAUGCUGGUCAAUAUAGAUGUACUGGACAAUCUGGUAGUAUGAUUGCUACAGAUGAAGCUAAUUUAAUUGUUAUAAAAGGUGAACCACCUAGACCAAUUGUAUCACCACCAGAACAAACUGUUAAUGAGGGUGAAUCAGCAACAUUUACAUGUACUGUUCCUGGAUUAGCAAAUUGUGAAGUUAGAUGGCAUAAAGAAGAUGUUGGUGGACCACUUCCACAUGGAGUUUAUCCACAUGGUGGUACACUUCGUAUUCCACAUGCUCAACAACAUCAUAUUGGUAAUUAUAUAUGUACUGCUGUAAAUCAAUAUGGUUUAGGACAAUCUAAUCCUGGAAAAUUAAAUGUUGUUAAACAUAAAGUACCACCACGUGUUGAACCACCAAUUCUUAAUGUUGAAGAAGGUGAACCAGCUAGAUUUAGAUGUUGGGUACCCGGAAAUUCAAAUGCUGUUCUUAAAUGGACACUUGCUGAUGGUUCAUCACUUCCACAAGGUGCUGAAGAAAAUAAUGGUUAUUUAAAUAUUUAUAAAACAAUUAAAGGUGUUCAUGAUACAAAUUAUUUAUGUGUUGCUACUGAUCCUAGAAAUCCAUAUGAAGCACCAGAACCAGCUCCACUUGCUCGUUUAAAUAUAAAUGAACCACAUGAACCAAUUAGACCAAUUGUUGAUCCUAUUGAACAAACAGUUCCUGAAGGUACAUCAGCUAAAUUCCGUUGUUGGGUUCCAAAUCAUCCAGAAAUAAAUGUACGUUGGGCUCAAAAAAGUGGAGCACCAAUACCUCAAUCAGCAAUUGAUAGUAGAGGAGAAUUAAUUUGGAGACAAGCAUAUUCAACUGAUGCUGGAGAUUAUAUAUGUACUGCAUUUGAUCCUGUAUCACGACAAAACAUUCCUUCUGAUCCAGCAAUAUUAAAUGUUGUUGCAAAAGCUAUUCCACAAGAAGCUCCAAGAAUGGGAGAUCCAGAAAUUGAUCCAGUUGAACAAGUAGUUAAAUUAGGUGAUCCUUCAAGAGUUAAAUGUCAUGUUCCUGGUACACCAAAUGCUCAUUUAAGAUGGCAAACAGCUGAUGGACAACCACUUCCACAAGGUGUAUAUGAUGAUGGAAGAGGAUUACUUUAUAUAUAUAAAAUAGAAAAACAUCAUGAAAAUCAAUAUGUUUGUCUUGCACAAGAUCCAAAUACAGGAGAACGUAAAGAAUCUGUACCAGCAAAAAUAAAAGUUGAUGAACCUGUUGAAGGAAAACCACCUGUACCAACAGCUUCUCCACCAUUAUUAGCAGUAGGACCUGGUGAACCAGCAUCAUUUGAAUGUGAAGCUGAAUCAGAUACACCAGUUAGAUUCCAUUGGGGAUAUCUUCAUGAGAAUGGUCAUCUUCCUGAAGGUGUUCAUGCUGAAGGUGAAAAAUUAAAUAUUAAAAAUGCAGGAGAACAUAAUGUUGGUGAUUAUAUUUGUACAGCUACAAAUGAAUUUGGUAAAGGAGUUGCACCACCUGUUAAACUUGAAAUAACUGAAGAAUUAACUCCACCAACAGCUAGAGUUGAACCAAGAGUAUGGAAUGGUAAACCUGGUGAUAUGCAUAAAUUUAGAUGUAUUGUAACAGGAAUACCAGCACCAACAAUUGAAUGGACUGGACCAAAUGGUGGUGAAUUACCAGAAGGUAUUGAAGUUCAAGAAAAUGGAGCAUAUUUAGUAUUUGAAAAUGGAAAAACUGAACAUAAUGGUGAAUAUACUUGUACUGCUAAAAAUGAAGUUGGUGAAGCAUCAGAUACUGGUAUUGUUAAUAUUGGUUCACCAUUAAUUGUUCGUACAAAUCCACCAGGACCAAGAAUUGUUUUAACUGUUGGAGAACCAUUAGAAAUUAAAUGUGAAGCAUUUGGUGAACCAGAACCAGAAGUAGAAUGGCUUCAUGAUCCAGGUCCAGAACGUGGUGAUUUACCAGAUGAUUAUAUUCCAGUUACAAUUUCUGAACAAUUUAUAAAACAUCCUGGUGUUGGUUUAGGUAAUUCAGGAAGAUAUACAUGUAAAGGUAGUAAUCAAAUAGCAACUGCAUCAAAAGAUAUUUAUAUUGAAGUUGUUGAACCAUCACAAGUAGCAACUGUUGCUAUUCUUGGUGGAUCUACACAAUAUCUUGCACAUGGACAACAAGCACGUAUUGUUUGUACAUCAACUGGUAGUAAUCUUGUUGAUAAAAUAAAAUGGAUAAAUGUUCAUACAGGUGAAGAAGUUGAAAGUAAUGGUGAUGAAGGUGUUCUAUUUAUUGAUGCUUUUGAUAAUCAUCUUGCUGGUGAAUAUAAAUGUAAUGGGUAUAGAAAUGAUAAAGAAAUUGCUAGUGCAACAGUUACUCUUAAACCAGAUACAGAAAGAAAUAUUGAUGUUAUACAAGUAGAAAUUGCACCACCAAAUGUUCGUGUUGUAAGACAAGGUGAAUCUGUUGUUCUUGAAUGUGUUAUGCAUGGAGAUAAUGAUGGAAAAAUGAAAUAUAAAUGGUCACAAUUAAGACGUGGAAAUUUAGUUCCAAAUAUUAAACAUACAAGUCAAUUAAUUAUUAAAUCUGCUGAUAAUUCUCAAGAUCAUGGUGUUUAUAGAUGUGAAGUUCUUGAUGAAGAUGGUGAACUUGUUGGAUCAGCAUAUACAGCAGUAAGUGUUGGUCAUACAUCAGAUGAACAAGCUUCUAUUUAUCCACUUGAAGAAGAAAGUGAUGGUGAAGUUGAGUGUCCAAUAUUUAUUGUUCCUGGAUCUCAUGUUGAAUGGAGUAAACAAGAUGAAAGUGAAUUACCAGAUAAUGCUCAUGUACAAGGAACAAAAUUAAAGUUUACAAACUUUGAAGAAGAAAAUUCAGGAAUUUAUAUUUGUAAAGUAACAAUGGAAAAUAAUAAUGAAGUUGAAGGUUAUGCUAAAGUACAAAUUUAUGUUCCUGAUACUGUUAUACAGGUAAGAAUUGAACAAUCAACAGAUAAUCCAAUACUUGGUGAAAGAAUAUGGUUUGAUUGUAUUGUAACUGGUGAUAAUACAGCAACAUUUGAAUGGUCUAAAGAAGAAGCAGAUCAUUUACCAGAAAAUGCUCAUGUUGAAAAAGGAAGACUUGUAUUUAAUGAGCUUACCAAAGAAGAUUCAGGAACAUAUUGGUGUCAAGCAUUAACAAAAGAUGGAAUGUUACGUUCAAAAGCUGUUUUAAAUAUUGGAGAAGUUCCUGGAAAACGCAAGCGAAAACAUCUUAUCCCUAAAAUAAAAACUAAGAGAAAUUAUUCUCAUAACCUUCGUCCAGUCGCUAAAAUGAUGAAGCAUGAUGAUAAAAUUAACAAAAAAUAUUUGAAACAUAAAGAUCAUUCUAACAAAUUGCAUGCUACAUUUUCAGAAACACACAAAAAAUCAAAUGACAUUGAAGUUUCACAUAAAGAAAAAAAACAAAAUCACUUAAAAAGUAAGCAUUAUUAUUUGAAUUCAGCAAAGCACGGUGAGGAAAGUAUUUCCCAUAAAGAGAAUAAUAAUCAUUACAGAGGAAAUAGAAAUAUAAAGAGACAUCAUAACAAAGAAAUCUUUGGGGGAUGGUUUGAAUCAAGUUAA